AUGGAUGCGAAUGAGCGACGAAUGAAUUUUGGUGAAAAUUCCGAACCUAGUGAUGAUAAUAAUACAACAUUAAAAAAGACUUUACUACUUGGUUUUACACCAUUAGUUAUUGCGAUAUUAUUAUAUAUUAGUUUAAGUGUAUGUAUUCAAGUAUCACGUUGUUAUGCAAAUUGGAAACUUAAAAAACAAUUAGAAAUUGUACGAUGUUCAGAGCAAUGUUUAAUUGUUUCAAAUCCAUCUAUAGAUGAUUCUGAUCAACAAUCUUUUCCUGAAGUUGUUUGA